AUGGAGGACAAGAAGCCAGCGCUUAGUAGCAGCAAGCGGCAGAAGGAUGGGGUGGAGCUGGAGAGCACCAGGCUGGUGAUCAGGACCAGGAGGAUGGCUUCCAUCAAUGGUGAUGAGUGUUUCUUCUGGAGGACCACCGACUGUUUCUAUGGUGACAAGUGUCGCUUCAAACACAAGCCUGACCAGAGAGGAAGAGACAGGAAACCAUUGGUACUGGGUCAGGAUGGCUGGAGUGUGACUUACACCACUCAGAGUAUCUGUACCUUGAAGGGGUCAACAGUGGAGCUGACCUGCUCUUACACAUAUCCCAGAGGUCUUCAGGUGAAGGUGACUGGUGGACAUCAGGAUAAGACACUGACCUGUAGCACCACCUGUACUCUGACUGACAACCCCACCUACAUCUGGUACAAGAACGGACACAAAGACACUUCCAGCCUGGACUCAGACUCCUUUAGUGAUGCAGACAGUUACUCCUGUGCUGUAAAAGGCCACGAGGAUCUCCCUGCUCCAGCAGUGUGUCAGAAGUGUUGGAGUGUGACUUACACCCAUCAGAGUAUCUGUGCUUUGAAGGGGUCAACAGUGAACAUAUCCUGCUCUUACACAUAUCCCAGUUAUCAUGAGAUCAAACAAGCUUUCUGGUUUACUAAAUGGUCUGGUCUGGAGGCUGAAGAUCUGAGCUCAGUGCCAGGGUAUGAGGGUCAUAUAGAGUACCUUGGGGAUAAGGAGAGUGACUGUACCCUGAGAAUCACAGACCUGAGAUUGUGUGACUCUGCUGGGUACAGGUUCAGAUUCAUAACAUCUGGAGGAAUGUUUAAUGGCUCACCUGUCUCCCUGACUGUCACAGAUGUUGUGUUGGAGAUGGAUCCUACAUCUGUGUCAGAGGGGGAGAGAGUCACACUGAGAUGUAGAACCAAAUGUACACUGGACCCCAUCACAGUCUACAGUUGGUAUAAGAAUGGACAGUCUCUACCAAACAGCAACACCUCCUCUCCUGUCUAUAUCCUGUUCUCAGUCAGCAGUGAGGAUACAGGCAGAUACUCCUGUUCUGUAGAAGGACAUGAGGAUCUCCCCUCUGAUGAAGAGACUCUCACUGUCACAUAUGGCCCAAAGAACACCUCGGUGUCAGUCAGUCCCUCUGGUGAAAUAGUGGAGGACAGUUCAGUGACUCUAACCUGCAGCAGUGAUGCCAACCCACCUGUGGACAAAUACACCUGGUACAAGUUAACAUACAAGGACAUGUCGAUGAAACAUUCUGGACAGAGAUACACCAUCCUUAAUAUCAGCUCUGAGGACAGAGAGGGAUACUACUGUGAGGCUCUGAACAUUAUAGGGAGAGAGACUAUCCCUGUCCAUAUUAAUGUUAUAUGAGAUCCACAGGAGGAAGUGAUGCCACAGCAGACACACUGAUUAAGGGACUCCCCCGUGACACAGACCCUCAGAGAGAUGCUGAGCCCUCCGAUUAUGAGAACUGGAGCGAACCACCACAGAACCUGGACUGAAGAGAACCACCACAGAACCUGACUGAAGAGAACCACCACAGUACCUGGACUGAAGAGAACCACCACAUAACCUGGACUGAAGAGAACCACCACAGAACCUGACUGAAGAGAACCACCACAUAACCUGAC